UCGAUUGGAGUUAUCUUCCUUGAUAGUUAAGGGAGGAAAAUGUGAAUUUGGUUUUGGAUGUGUUUUUAAAAGCAAAACGUUUAAUAUGGAAGUGUGUGUAUCCGUUCAUUCAGAAGUACUUAGGGCUUUACAGAAUGUCACAUGGAAGAAAUCGGGACUGUGUGGUUUCUUGGUGGGUUAUGGAGAUGCCCAGGACAGAAAAGUGGUCGCCUUUACAUUGCGUUCUGAAAUAGAUUGCAAGAGAGUUGUGCCUGAUGCCAUUGAAGUUGAACGUUUACUUCCAGGAGGUCUGUCAGUGUGUGGAAUUAUUGUCCACAAUGUACAUCCAACUGAUACGACAGAAGUUGCCAUACCCAAUGAACUAGUGGAACACCUUGAUCUCAGUCCCCUGGUGGUUUGCCACAUCAAAACUGAGGGAAAAGUGACCAGCGACAACUUCUACUUGAUGCUGUUUGAUAACACACCAGUGAAAAAAACAGUGAAAACCACAAACACCAAUCUUCUGGCAGAAUAUCAGUUUUUCCAAAUAAAAGCUAACAUUCCUAUUACAGUUGCAGUGGAAGCAGACUGCAAGGACUGGUCCAACAGCAUUGAAACAGAAGUGGACCAGUUGUGUAAGAGGGUUUCUGAUGGUUGCUGCAUGUAUGCGAUCAGUGACAGUGCAGUGAUGUUUGGCCAGGGACAGGUCAAAGGGGUCCAGGAUAAUGCGUUGUGUGACAAUCUCUAUGAAUACAUGCAAGCUGGGGAUGGCUUCCUGACGAGGAGCAAGCAGAAGGAUUUAAAGAAACAGAGCUGUAUGCAAGUGGAGAUAUUUUUCCUUGCCAGUGGAGAAGCCGCUUUUAUCAAUAUUCCUACCUGUGCACCAGUCAUACAACGUAAAAUGGGCACAUACAAAUGUGUGAAGAUAAAUCUGCCGCUUAAUGUGAUUUCCCUCAUCAAGUCAGGAACAAAAGUGAACAACUUGCAGAAGAUAUUUGAUCAGGCUGUCCUAUCCCAACUGCAAGCCAUGAAACAGUGCAUUUUGAAGUUUAGUCAGGGUGACCGAUUCCACACCCCAGAAGUGUUUCAUAUCCAGCCGGAGGAUUUACCAUUCAUCGUGUCUGUCAUUUUCCCCAAAGGCGUCUCUGAACAGGACUUAGAAAGCAGCAGAAGACAUCUUCAUGAUCUGUUUGGUGUUGUUGCUGAUUGGCCGGUGUUCAAGAGAGCCAAUGUGUUUCUGCUUCCAGGAGAUAGGAUGUUAAACGGCUAUCUCAUAAACCCACACAUAGGACUUCCACCGUCAGGAAUUAAGGACGGCAAGCCGUGUAUUGUGCAUGGCAAGUACACAUACCAUCACUACAUGCAGGAUCAUUUUGACGACAACAAGUGGGGAUGUGCAUACCGCUCACUUCAGACGCUAGUGUCAUGGUUCCAUCUACAAGGCUACACAGACAGGCCUGUGCCAUCACAUAAAGAAAUUCAACAAGCUCUGGUUGCUGUUGGUGAUAAGGAUGCCUCGUUUGUUGGAAGUAAAAAGUGGAUUGGUUCUCUUGAAGUCAGCUACUGUUUAGAGCAGUUGAUACAGGUGACAUCAAAGAUCAUAAGUGUCAGCAGUGGCUCGGAACUUUCAAGCAAAGGGAGAGAACUCUGUAACCAUUUCACCACUCAAGGAUCUCCAAUCAUGAUAGGAGGUGGUGUGUUGGCUCACACAAUACUUGGCGUGGACUUUAAUGAGGUAACUGGAGAUGUGAAAUUUCUCAUUCUGGACCCCCACUACACUGGUGGUGAAGAUAUUAAAGUUAUUCAAGACAAGGGUUGGUGUGGAUGGAAGGGACCGGACUUCUGGGACAGCAAUGCACACUACAACCUCUGCCUACCACAAAGACCAACUGCUAUUUGACGACAAACAUUGUUGAUAUUGUUUCAUGAACUAUCUGGCAUAAACUUCCGUUUUUAAUAUUGUGACACCAGACAGUAUUUAUAUAUUAAAAGUUUUGUCAAGUGUU